AAUUCAUCAGAUGAUCAGAGUCAAAAUGAAGUUUCGAAAGAUUACAUUCAACGACUCUGCUCUUCUAACUAAUCAUUUUUUCCUCCCCCAAUUUGACAUUCUUUUAUGACGAAUUCAGCAGAAAUCUCACGCAACUGCCAGACCAGAAACUGAGAAAUCUGAUUCUGCAAGAAAAAAGAAAUGGAAAAAAUGAAGAGUUUAUUGAAGCCGAAGCCCAAUCCACAGCAACUACUCAAGGAUUGGCAGCGUCGCCUCCGCAAUGAAGGCCGCAACGUUGACCGCCAAAUCCGAGAUAUACAGAGAGAAGAGAAGAAUGUGCAUAAAUCGAUCAAAGAGGCUGCAAAACGAAACGACAUGGUUUCUGCUAAGUCACUGGCUAAAGAAAUUGUGAGAUCUAGGAAAACAGUGGAGCGGCUGAAUGAAAACAAGGCACAAUUGAAUUCAGUAUCGAUGCAUCUUGGAGAAAGCGUUGCUGUUGCUCGAACUAUAGGACAUCUGUCUAAAAGUGCUGAAGUAAUGAAAAUUGUCAAUAAUCUUCUCAAGGCCCCAGAAAUAGCUGUCACCAUGCAACAGUUCAGUAAAGAAAUGACGAAGGCAGGUUUAAUUGAAGAGAUGAUGAAUGAUGCUAUGGAUGAUGCACUGGAUGCAGAAGACAUAGAAGAAGAGACUGAAGAAGAAAUCGAGAAGGUCUUGACAGCAAUUGCCGGUGAGACAGCCGCACAACUUCCUGAAGCUAUUAGGAAACAUAAACUAAAGCAAACUAGUACCAGCGAAGAUGCUGAGGAGAAUGCGGAUGAUGAGGAAGAGCUAGAAGAAAUGAGGGCUCGUCUUGCCAGUGUUCGAUCUUAACUUCCGUUUUAUUUUUUGUUUUUUCAUUAUUGUUAUCCACUACACGAGGAUAUAACAUGCAUAAAAUCUACAUUCUACGGUGUUGGUAAAUUAUUGCAAGUUGCUGGUUUAGAGUGAGUAGUAAGUAAUAUACAUUGUGCGAACGUUUUGUAUCAUAAAACCUUGUAUUUGUGUUGACAUGUAACAUAUGAUGUUUGAUUUUGGUGUGCGGAUCCUCCGUUUAUUUUU